AUGGGUAAAAACAGACUCCCCGUUUCGCCCUGGACGGUGCUCAUGUCCGGGGCAACCGCUCGACUGCAAAAGGCUUUAAGUCGGCCGGUCCUCUCGAGUAAACUGGAUGGUGGAAGAACAUCUUCUCAUCAUCUAUCCUCUUUGACUCUGACAAAGAGUCUGUUGCUUGCUUCACGGUUCGCUGCUUCUACCCUCGUUGCUACUACUACCUCUACUACUUCUGCUGGUGUAUCUACAAGUACCGGUACCUCCAACCCAGACCCCGGCACUACCAUCAGGUCUCAGACCAAUCGCAACCCCUCGACUUACACCUCACCUCCAAAUUCCUUUUCCAGAAAGUUUAGUUGGGGUAACCUUCUAGGCUGGCACCAACGGACCCUCCCCAACAAGUACAAGUACAACUACGGCACCCACGAUCCGCAGGGGCAUCUAAAUCCCAGCAGCACUACUACCAGGACUACCGAUACUACACUUAGUACUAGCUCACACGGUGAAAGAGCUGAAAGCCCUUACUUCAACCUCACCGGCCACCUCGACGAUUUGUCUUCUUUAAUCCGCCCAUUCCUGGCUUUUCUGGACCCGUCCUCGCUUUCCUCUUCAUACUCAAUGGCGUCGUACGCUUUCAGCACCUCCUCAGGCUCCGAUCUCUCAACCCCACGGUCAAGCUCCCCUCAUUCGUCUGCAUCAGUUGCGUCCGCACGCUCCUCUCACUCGUCCACUUUCAGUGCAGCAAAGCGCAUGUCCAUCUCUUCAGUUCGGCGCACUUCGGCUUCGAAUCCGAUGUCUUCCGUUGAUCUCUCAACCAUUCAAGAAGCUUUAAAGAUGGCCAGCCUCGACACCCUGAGGGGCUACUGCCAAAAUACCUACGGAGAGGUUCACCAGGAAACCGCUACCGAGUACAUUCCCCACGAAGAGGCCCGGGGCUACCAGGUGCUCAACGAACCCCACUGGAACAAGGGGACGUCUUUUACUCCCGAAGAGCGUGUCUCCAAGAACUUGACCGGUCUGAUUCCCCACGUCAUGGAGGACUCGGAGAAGCAGGUUGAGCGUGCGCUCAAGAUGAUCCGCACCCGUCAGACCGACAUUGACAGGUAUCUCUACCUGUCGACCAUCAAGAGUCAUAACGUCGACCUCUUCUACCGCAUUCUUAUGGAUCAUGCCAAGGAGAUGAUGCCAUUGGUUUACACUCCCACCAUCGGCGACGUCUGCCUCCAGUACUCGACCCUCUACACUCGGCCCGAAGCUUUGUACAUUUCGAUCAAGCAAAGGAAGUCGAUCCGGACAAUCUUGAGGAAUUGGCCCUACCCCAAGCCCGAGAUUUGCGUCGUCACUGACGGUUCCCGCAUUCUUGGUCUGGGAGACCUUGGUGUUAACGGUGUUGGCAUUCCGAUCGGUAAGCUAGCUUUGUACACGGCUGCUGCUGGUAUCCACCCGGACAAGACGCUCCCUAUUGUCCUCGACUGCGGUACCGCCAACGAGACCAACCUGAGGGACCCUCUCUACCUGGGCCUUCGUCAGAAGCGUAUCCCGGUUUCCGAGCAACAAGAGUUCAUGGACGAGUUCAUGGAGGCUGCCGCUGAAGUGUUCCCGGAGAUGGUUGUGCAGUUUGAGGACUUUGAAAGUGAAAAGGCUUUCAACUACCUCGACCGGUAUCGUGAUCAGUACAAGUGCUUCAACGAUGAUAUCCAGGGAACUGGUGCCGUUGUCCUUGCUGGUUACAUCGGUGCUGUCAACCUUUCAAAUGUUCCCAUCGAGGAGCAGCGUCUUGUCUUCAUGGGAGCGGGCUCCGCCGGUGUUGGCGUUGCCAAGCAGCUGGUUGAGUACUAUACCAAGCGUGGCCUCUCGGAGCAACAAGCUAAGGACAAGUUCUGGCUUGUUGAUACCAAGGGUCUUGUGACCAAGGACCGUGGUGACAAGCUCGCCGAACACAAGAAGUACUUUGCCCGUACCGACAACAAUGGCCAUCAGUUCCGCACCCUCGAGGAGGUUAUUGAAUACGUCAAGCCAAGUGCUCUUGUCGGUCUUACCGCCACCCAUGGCGUCUUCACCGAGUCCGUCGUCCGCGCCCUCAAGGCUUCCGUCGACGCCGGAGGUCUUGGUCGCAGGCCCAUUCUCUUCCCCCUCAGCAACCCUCUCACCAAGGCUGAAUGCACCUUCAAGGAGGCUGUUGACUGGACUGAAGGAACCGUUCUCUUUGCUUCCGGUUCCCCCUUCUCCAAUUACACCGUUAACGGUGUAACAUAUCACCCUAACCAGGGUAACAACGUCUACGUCUUCCCCGGUAUUGGUCUUGGUGCCAUCCUUGCCAAGGCCAGCAAAGUCACCGAUGACAUGAUCUACACCUCGGCCGCUGCCCUAUCCAACUCGCUCAAUGCCGAUGAGGUCAAGCAAGGCCUUAUCUACCCUCGCAUUGACCGUGUUCGCGAGGCUAGCGUCAUUGUUGCCCGCGAGGUGAUGAAGUCUGCUCGCCGUGAAGGUGUCAGCACCCUACCAGAAGAGCAGUGGCUUGAGUGGGAAGAGUGGGGUGACGUGGCCCUCGACAGGUAUAUCAAGCAACAUGUCUACGACCCCAUGCUUUAG